CUGCUGUUAUACUAGAUGUUGGUUGAUUUUGCUGCAGACUAUCCUGAUGGCAGCAACUCCAGUGAAUACCUGGUACAGCCGACCACGUACCUCCCCGAGAACUUCACCUAUGCCCAGAACCUGCCAUGUCCAGAGCGAUUACCUUCUAUGAAGGGCCUUAUUGAAGUAAACAUGACAGAGAUCCCCAUGGAGGAGAUAGAACUGAGGUCCUCCAAGUAUUUUGACAUUGAGUUUGGAGGCCACUGGAAACCAAAAGACUGCAGACCUCGCUGGAAGGUGGCCAUCCUGAUUCCGUUUAGAAACCGUCAUGAGCAUCUCCCCAUCCUCUUCCAACAUCUUAUCCCCAUGCUGCAGAGACAGCGGCUGCAGUUUGCCUUCUACGUCAUCGAACAGAGUGGCAGCCAGCCCUUCAACAGAGCCAUGCUGUUUAACGUGGGAUUCCUGGAGGCCAUGAAGGACUUGGACUGGGACUGCUUGAUCUUCCAUGACGUCGACCACAUCCCUGAGAAUGACCGAAACUACUACGGCUGCGGUCAGAUGCCACGCCACUUUGCUGCCAAGCUGGACAAAUACAUGUACAUUCUUCCAUAUAGCGAGUUCUUUGGUGGUGUCAGUGGACUCACUGUGGAGCAGUUUCGGAAGAUUAAUGGCUUUCCCAAUGCAUUCUGGGGCUGGGGAGGAGAGGAUGACGACUUGUGGAACAGGUUAGUCUACAAACAAGGUUUUUACAAAGUAAUCAGACCCCUUCAUUUAGUUACUCAGCAGUGCUUGUGUUCUCGUUUUUACAUCGGACUGCUUUUCUCUUCUGUGCUUUUCACAUAAAGAGAAACACAACGG